AAAUUUUAUUGUGGCAACAUUCAAUAAACGAUGUUUCGUGCCGCUCGCAUUGUCUUGUGAUUUUUCUCCUUGUUUAUAAUUUUCACGAAAAUAACGGAAAAUGAAACAUAACUGUAAAGUUUUAUGUUAGACAAUAAGUAAAUAUAAGUACGUAAUUUAUUUUGCCGUGACCUCUUAAGCUGUAAUUUUUCCUAAGCUGUUUAUCAUGUGUGGCGAAUGUGUCAAGAUUAGAAAGAAACAUACUUUUGCAUCGUAAUACGGAUAAAUAGCGGAGGCGCUACAAAAUGGAGCACUCGGACCUGGUGUCUGAGAUGGCUCAGGUGGAGCACCUCACCACACAGGAGAGGCUCCAUCUAGCGAGGAGGCGUCGAAUGCAGCAGCUAAAACUAUGGCAGCAGCGAGAGAAAGAAUGGGCGCGGUCGCGGGCCAAGCGAGAGAAGAGCACCAAACGGAACAUCUUCUUCAGCGAUAGCGUCAUGCUUCUAGAGGCCGCUGCUAGAAACGACAUCGACGAAGUUCGCCGCCUGCUCUCACGCGGGGUAACCCCAGACGCGACCAACGAGGACGGUCUUACCGCCCUCCACCAAUGCUGUAUCGAUAACAAUGAGGCCAUGAUGCGCCUUCUCCUCGACAACGGCGCGAACGUCAACGCCGAAGACAGCGAGAAGUGGACACCAUUACACGCGGCAGCCACAUGCGGGAACCUCAACUUAGUCAGAAUCCUGAUCCAACGAGGAGCGAAUUUAUUAGGGGUUAACGGGGACGGGAACAUGCCUUAUGAUAUAUGCGAGGAAGAAAGGACGCUGGAUGCGAUUGAGAGCGCGAUGGCGGAGAGGGGAGUGACGCAGAGGCUGAUAGAUGAAACUAGAGCGGCAACGGAGAUGAAGAUGUUGAUGGAUGUUGCUGAGCUCGCCAAGGAGGGAGUUGAUUUGGAUGAGCCCAGGGACAAUCAGGGGGCCACGCUGCUCCACAUAGCAUCAGCAAAUGGGUACCUGAAAGUGGUGGAGUUUCUAUUAGAGCACCGCGCGGCCACUGACGUGGUGGACCACGACACGUGGCGGCCUGUACAUGCCGCCGCCUGCUGGGGACAUUUGGAGGUGCUGGAAAUGUUAGUGCAAUAUGGAGCUGAUCUCAAUGUCAGAAAUAAACACGACGAGACGCCUGCAGAUAUCUGCGAGGAGGGUGAGAUGCGCCUGCGCAUCGUGCGUCUGGCCGCCGAGCAGGAGGAGCACCGCCGGCGCGCGCUGCCGCCCGAGCGCCGCGCCGGCGCACGCCGGUCAUCUUCCACUGCCAGCAGCAGUCGUGUCCGGUCCGUCCGACGCACGUCGCUCCGCGAAAAGCAAAUGGCGGCCAAAGCGGACGCGCGGGGCGAGGCGCGCCUGAGAGAGACCUUCGAUUCCGUCGCCGACGACGAUAUGCAGGGCUUAUCGAACGGCGUGGAAAAUGAUCAGAACACUGCUAAUAUACCUCCCGGCGACCUCACGCACAAGCGCCUCUCUACCGGCUCCACCAUGUCCAACCAGAGCGCCGACUCCGGCAACGUUGACUACGCCCCCAAACACCAGUACCUGCCCCAUAGAGAGGAGGAGAAAACCUUCACGCAACCCAAAAUAACCAACCCCCUAUUCGGCGUUAACGCCGCCUCACACUACGCCCCCCAACCGGUUCUAGAGGAAGAGCCCAAGCACUACGAAAGACCACUACCCAACGGCAUCAGAAAAGCCCCCGAAGGCCAAGACAACGAUACCCUCAAAAACGAGGACGCGAUUGACGGUAGGAAAGACCUAGUAGUGAGCCCGAACCAAAUCGCCCUCACAGAGGGCGCUGCCACCUACACCACAGACACUAAUGGUAAAAUCAAUGUUCAUGUCACCGUCAUGAUUAACGCAGGCACCCUCGCCGACUUGAAAAAGCAGCGAUCACAGAUAAGAACAAACGGUAGCCCGGUGGAGAACAGUCUAACAUCAACGAACAACCAUAGUAUAACAUCAUUACCGGAGGGCGUAAGCCAGGAGGCGAUGCCAGUACAGCUGAACCCACUCACCCUGUCCCCAAGUACUGGUACCGUACCGCGCUUCUCGGGGCACACGAGCGACGUAGUCGGGGACACGCGGUCUCGCAGGUGCUGUAUCAUUAUGUAAACUUAUGUGAAAGUGCGGUGUAAAAGUAUGAUUGAUCAUUCCAAAAAUAAUUUGGGAGUUUAUUUUAACUGUCGAUCAAAUUGGGACUGUUCGAGUACUUACUGAGGUGUUGAUAGGGUGUUUUUGCAAAAUGUCACUUUUAAGUUACAAAGUGGAACCAUGAUGGUUUUUCCAACUUAUAAAUGGGUCGAUCGACUGUAGUUAUGCUCUACU